AUGGCUACGAAUCAAAGUUCAAUGCUAACGGAUCUAGUAGCAGCAAUUGAAAAACUGGUUGAGCUCAAGGUCAACGAAAGAAAAGCCAAUGUCGUUCCUGCUGCGCCUUCAGAAGUCUCCGUGGAUGCUCUUGCGAGAUCUAUCACUCCUUUCACAUUCUCACCCGAGAAUAACAUGACGUUUAAUGUGUGGUAUGGACGUUUUAAAUCCACUUUCCUGGAAGAUGGAAAAAACCUUGAUGAUCCCGCACGUGUUAGACUUCUUUUACGAAGACUUGAUGCUGCUUCGUAUUCCCGUUAUGCAAACUUGCUUCUUCCACAAAACCCCUCUGAACUCAGUUUUGAACAGAAUGUACAAAAACUCACCAAAAUUUUCGGCAAGGGUGAAUCCCUCUUUAGCACACGUCGAAAAUGUCUCCAAUUGGUGAUGAAAGAUUCUGACGACUGGGCUACUCACGGGGGGAUUGUAAACAGUCUUUGUGAAGACUUCCGUUUGGCUGAAUGCACACCCAGUCACUUCAAGGCACUGAUUUUCUGCAUUUCCAUGCAGAGUGAGAAGCACGUUUUCGUCAGGGAACAACUUCUUACACGAUUGGAGACUGAGCCACCCAGUAAAAUCACUCUCGAGUUUAUGAUCGAUGAGGCUCAGAGACUGGCCAAUGUCAAGAAAGAUUCUCGCCUGGAUGUAGCUCCUAUCACCGUGAACACAAUCCGGAAGAGCCCACCAACUACACAGAAGAAGGAUAAACCUAACCGUCCGUGUUUUUUGUGCGGUGGAAUGCACUUUGUCAAAGAAUGCACUUACACCCAGACAAAAUGUGGUGAAUCUGGGGUUGUGGGGCACAAAACGGGGUACUGUGCACCCCCACAGCGUGAAUCUGACUCCACUAAGAAGGAUGCCAAAGGAAAGAAGAAGUUUUUCCACAAGAAAAAGCCACAAGCACGCACUAACGCUGUGUUUUCUUCGCACACACGUGGGAGAAAAUUUUUGACACCACUUAUCAAUGGACACGAGAUCGAGUUUCAGCUCGAUUGUGCAGCGGAUGUCUCUCUCAUUACGCACAAUACUUGGGAAUGUAUUGGUAAGCCCGCUCUCUCUCGUGCAUCAUUGAAUAUCAGGGAUGCUCAAUCAACACAAAUUCCGAUAAAUGGAGAGUUCGAAUGCACUGUGAAAUUUUUCAAUAAGGAAAUUCGCAGUAGAUGUUUUGUAUCUGAUGCUGCCAGGGACAAUUUAUUUGGAAUAGAAUGGAUUGAAGGUUUGGGCCUCUGGGAUGAGCGCCCAAGUGCAUAUUGUAACUCAGUUCAAAACGAAAUUGACGCACAAACGGCCGUUGCUGAUCUUCAACGGGAUUUUCCCGCCGUUUUUGGACGUGAGAUGGGUCUUUGCACCAAAGCAAUUGCUACAAUUAACCUCAAACAAGACGCUGUUCCGAUUUUCCGCCCAAAGCGCCCAGUAGCUUUUCACAUGCUUCCUGUCAUUGACGAGGAAUUGCAACGUCUUCAGGCGUCCGGAAUUAUCUCCCCAGUCGAGUAUUCUCCUUGGGCCGCACCCAUUGUUGUCGCCAGGAAGGCGAAUGGAAGUAUUCGUAUUUGUGGGGAUUAUUCGACAGGAUUGAACGAUUCCAUUGAGACCAACAACUAUCCGAUCCCUGAUCCGGAUAGUCUCUUCAGUCGUCUGUCGAAUAGGAAGGUUUUCAGUCAUGUGGACCUCUCCGACGCCUAUCUACAAAUCCCAGUGGACGAGGAAUCCAGCAAACUCUUGACAAUUCACACUCCCCGUGGAUUAUUCAAGUUUAAUCGCCUCGCUCCCGGCAUCAGAUGCGCCCCAGGCAUUUUUCAAGAGGUAGUAGAGCGUAUGCUCCAGGGAAUCCCGGACGUCAUUUGCUAUUUUGAUGACAUCUGCAUAGCAAGUACUACCCCAGAAGACCACUUUUCGACACUGAAAAAAGUUUUCCAGAGACUGGAUGAGUUCAAUUUCCGUGUCAAGGCUGAAAAGUAUUCCGAAGGUUUGCGCCCUGACCCAGCCAAGAUUGAGGCAAUCCAGAAAAUGCCAUCACCCAAAAAUGUCCAUGAAUUGCGAAGUUUCUUGGGAGCCUUACAAUUCUGGGGAAUAUUUGUUCGUUCAAUGAGCGAGCUACGCAAUCCCCUGGACAUAUUGCUGAAAAAGGGAGUACCAUUGAAGUGGACCAGACAAUGUGAGGAUGCUUUUACCCGUUUCAAGGAGAUCUUGGGUUCAGAACUCCUCCUGACCCAUUAUGAUCCCAGUUUGCCAAUUUUCGUGGCCUCAGAUGCAUCUUCCCACGCCAUCGGGUGUGUUGCAUACCACAAAUUUUCCGAUGGGAGCAUGAAAGCAUUUUAUCAUGCGUCAAGAAGACUCACAGAAACGGAAGCCCGCUACAGUCAGAUUGAAAAGGAAGCUUUGGGAAUAAUUUUCGCUGUGAAAAAGUUUCACAGAUUCCUCUAUGGGCGUCAAUUCACCCUUAUGACGGAUCAUAAGCCUUUGGUGUCCAUCUUCGGAAGCAAAAGAGGAAUCCCUACACACACCGCCAAUCGACUACAGCGCUGGGCCCUAAUCCUCCUGGGCUAUCACUUCAACAUCCAGUACUUGUCCACAGACAAUUUCGGUCAUGCAGACAUCCUUUCGAGGUUGAUAUCAGGAAAUAGACAGCAGGAUGACGAAAUUAUCAUCGCCCAAAUUUCCCUCGAAGAGGCUCUGGACAAUCACACUGUACAGGAUGCAGUCUCUCAACUUCCGGUGAAGUUUGAGAUGAUCAAACAAGCCACAGAGUCAUCACCAACACUCCAAGAGGUUUCCGGCUAUAUCAAGGGUGGUUGGCCUGCUUCUCCCAAAAACAUAACCUCAAGGGAAGUACAGAGUUUUUAUAAAGUCCGUGAUGCUCUUUCGCUGAUGCAAAAUUGUGUUUUUUACAGGGAUCGACUGGUGGUGCCUGAGACAUUCCGGAGUCGGAUACUUGUGCAACUCCAUGAAUCACAUCCUUCAAUGGCGCGAAUGAAAGCCUUAGCCCGCAGUUAUGUUUUCUGGCCUGGCUUGGAUGGAGACAUAGAGCACAAGGUUCGCAAUCGCACCGACUGCGCCACCACAGCCCGAUCCCCUGUAAAAGCACAUUUGUCAUCAUGGCCCUUAUCAUCGGCUCCAUGGCAGAGAAUCCACCUGGAUUAUGCAAAGUACAAAGGAGACUACUUCUUUCUGAUCAUCGAUUCAUACUCGAAGUGGCCAGAGGUUUUCUGGACAUCGUCCAUGACCACUUCCACGACGAUUCAGAGGCUUACUGAAGUAUUUGCACGCCAUGGACUGCCAGAUAUAAUUGUUUCAGACAAUGGAACGCAAUUUGUGUCUGAAGAAUUGCAACAAUUCUGCAGAUCGAAUGGCAUCGAGGACAUUCACACCUGUCCUUUCUCACCUGCAAGCAAUGGACCGUGUGAAAGACUUGUCGGCACCCUCAAGAGAUCUCUGGAAAAGCAAAAAUCCCAGAAUGUCGACGUAGCUCUGCAGAGAUUCCUUGCAAAUUAUAGAGUCACCCCAAGUGAGAUUGUGCCGCAAGGGAAAUCACCUUCUGAGAUCAUGUACACUAGGAGGGUGCGCACCAUUUUCGAUCUCCUCAAAUUCAAAGCUCCUGAGCCUAUCCAGAGGAAUAGAAAAAUGGAGGAUUCCUACAACAAGCGCCAUGGCACGAAAAAUCGUAUCUUUGCACGGGGGCAGGAGGUAUAUGCAAAAAAAUUCGCCCAAGGUGGAAAAUGGACUUGGACACCUGGGAAGGUGAUUGAGCGAAGAGGAACCGUUACGUACAAUAUUCGUCUGGCAAAUGGAAUAAUUGUACGCUCACAUAUCAACCAAUUGAGACGAAGAUAUGCUGCUGAUUUCUCUGACUCUGCGCCACUUUUCCUGCUUCCAAUUCAGCCCACUGAUGAUACCACUCCAACGCAAAAUUCACCUGUGACUCCGAGAACAUCGAGAUCAGGAUCCUCAACUGAUUCUGAAAGUCCGGCAGGAGCCGAAGCCUUGUCAAGGACUGGACAGGGACGUCAAAACGAAUCAACUGCGACUACUCCCGUCUCAAGCCGUCUUCGUCCUAGACCCCGUCGUAUCAACUACCGUUGCUAG